AUGGAAAUUAGUUCUGUUUUUUCGCCUCUUUGGCAAGAAUUAAUAGAAUUGGAUAACGUAACGAUAAAUUCUCAUAUUAGUAAAACUUUUUGCAUAUCGUGGUCAGAGAAUAAUAAAAUAUCUGUUAUUGCCGACGGUGGUGUAUUCAUAUUUGAAUUAUGGCCAACUUCUUUGACUGAAAACCAAACUGUGUCAUUACGAAAAUUUUUCAUAUCAGUAUCAGACAUGACGCCUCUGCAAAGCAAAAGUUUUGAUACAAGUAAUUGGUUAUCGAAUCAGAAAAAAAAAGGUACUUAUGAAAUACCUAUUGAUUCAACAUUAUUCUUUAGUACUGAUAAGUGCAGCUCUAAUAUCAAUAGUUCACAAAUUAUUCAAAUUGAAUUUAGCCCAUUAAUUAACAAUCAAAGUUAUUUAUCCUGCUUAACCAAUAAUGGUUUACUAGAAAUAUUCACAAAAGAAUACAGUAAGUGGAUUUCAAUUAUAAGCAUUACUGAACUGUGGAAUUCAUAUUGCAAUGAUGUAUUUAAUGUCCAAGAUUUGGAUAUUGAUGACUUGAAUACAAAAAUGUUAGAUUUGAAAAUUUCUGGCAUGAAAUGGUUUUUAGAUUUCCAACCAUAUUUUAUUACAUUUCAUAAAAAUGGAAUUAUUUGUUUUUGGAAAAUUUCUAAAAUUAAUAAAAAUUUAAAAAUUGAAGUAGAUAACUGGAUUAGUACUGAUAUAAAAUUGUGCACUUUUAAUGUGAACACUUUUCCAAACUCGAAAUGUGCUAUUUUAUUGGUUGGAUCUCUAUCUGGAGUUGUUAAAAUUUUGUUGAUUUCUUUAAAUUCAUUAGAAAUACUUUUUAAUCUUACAUUAUGGGAUAAAGAAGACUUGAUUGCACCAAGUAAAAUUACAGCCUCUUUCUUUAAAGGAAAAAUUCUUGUGUAUGUGAUCAAACGACACAUUUUGUUAAUGUAUGUAUUGGCUGUUAAUUCUAGUAAUGAAAUUGAAAUAAAUAAAACUAAGUGGAUAAAAUUUUCAUGUAUUAUCAGUAGUAUCGUAGAAAAUGAAAAUAAUGUAAUUUUAAAUUUACAAAAUCACCAAAUGUAUUCUUUAUAUUUAAAAGACUUGGAUCUAAAUUACAAUAUUACUGAAAUUAAUGUUCGAAUUAAGCAAAAAUAUAAAAGCUCAUAUAAUAAUUACGGAUUAGCCACAUCCAAAAAUAAAGCUAUUUGGGUUACUGUAUCAUCUCCCAAGAUGAUUUAUGAAUCAGUGAAGGAUACUACUCAUUUAAAUUUUUGGACAACUAAUAUUAAACAAUAUAAAUCUUUAUGUAAUUCUACAAGUUGUGGUUUAAUUAAUGAAAUAUUAAAUUUUGAAAUGGAUACCAAAUUAAUUGAUAUAUCUGAUUUUCUUGAAUUAAAAAGAUUAGAACUUCUAGAGGAUUAUUCAAAAUUUAAGGAUUCAUUUGAUCACUGUGAUUUGUCUCUAUCACAAUUAAAAUUAGAUUUAUGGGAAGCAAAAUUAAAGCGUUCUUGUCAAACCUCUGGAUUGGAUGAAUCUAUUUUUAAACUAGAAUUUUUAAUUAUAAAAAAACAUGCAGAAGAAAUGGUAAAAAAAUAUAGCAAUCAAGAAGUUAUGACCGAUUUAGAAAAAAAAAGUUUUACAAUAUGUCAAAAAGUAGCCGAAUCAAUAAACUUAAACUUUAUUGCCGAACCUUGUGUAAUUUGUGGUAGUCAGACUUUGUUUGAGAAUCCUAAAAUGUCAUCUUGUUCGAAUUCACAUACAUUUCCUAGAUGUUGCAUUAGUUUGCUGCCUUGUAAUGAAAUAUUUUACCUAAAUUGCCAGUAUUGUGACUCUGUUGCAUUGGCCUCUUUUGUUUCAGAUUCAAAUAAAUAUUGCACUUUUUGUGAUGGAUUCCUAACCAGUGGUAAAAAACUUAUCGAAUUUGAAGGCUCAUUCAGCGUAAUUUUAGACGUUCUUCCACCCAAUAUGGUUCAUUUUAUAAAAUUUAAUCUUUCAAAAUUGUCAAGGCCCGCAGAAGAUGUAUUAACUAGAAUAUUAGGAUAUAAAAAAUCUAGUUUAUUUAAUUUAUACAUUGAUAAUACUACAAAAAAUGAUGGAUUUACAGUUAUAAAAACGCCUGAUGAUACUAAGGUGUCUGUCAGUGGACCGAAUGCUAUUUCUUUAGUUUGGGGUGUAGGUUUUUAUUUAAAGAAUUUCUGUAAUGUCCAUAUUUCAUGGGAUGGCGAUCAGUUAAGAAUUCCUGUUACUUUACCUGUAGUUAACAUAUCCGUAAACUCUGUCGAAAAGUUUAGAUAUUAUCAAAAUGUGUGUACAUCUAGUUAUAGCUUUGUUUGGUGGGACUGGAACAGGUGGGAAAGAGAAAUUGAUUGGAUGGCUAUCAAUGGCAUAAAUUUGGCAUUGGCUUUUACAGGGCAAGAAGCUAUUUGGAAAAGAACAUAUGAUGCCCUUGGUUUAUCCUAUGAUGACUUUACUGGUCCUGCAUUCUUGGCUUGGAAUAGAAUGGGAAAUGUAAGAAAUUUCAGUUACGGAUUAACAAAUAAUUGGUUGCAACAACAAUUAUUGUUGCAACACAAAAUACUUAAUAGAUUAAGAGAACUAGGUAUCACACCUGUACUACCUAGUUUUUGUGGUAUUGUUCCUAGAUCAUUUAAAGAUUCUUAUCCAUUUGCUAAAUUAUUAGAAAUGCCUAAAUGGAAUAAAUUUAGCAGAGACUAUUGUUGUCCGUAUUUGUUGGAUUCAAAUGAUCCUUUAUUUUCAGUAGUUAGUAGAGUCUUUUUAAAGGAGUAUAUAAAUGAAUUUGGCACUAAUCACAUUUACAAUUGUGAUGUAUUUAAUGAGAAUAAACCUGCAUCAGAAAGCCUUGAUUAUUUAUCAACAAUUUCAUCGACAAUUUAUAAAGCAAUGAGCUCAGUAGACCCAAGAGCUACUUGGCUUGUCCAAGGAUGGAUGUUCAUAGAUCCAUUUUGGGCAUCUUUAAAGCGAGUAAAAGCUUUUAUAAAUGCAGUUCCAAAGGGUAGAAUGUUAAUUUUAGAUUUACAAUCAGAUUUGACUCCCCAGUACAAAAGAUUACAAAGUUAUUUUGGACAGCCAUUUAUUUGGUGCACGCUUCAUAAUUUUGGUGGACAAUUGGGCAUGUAUGGACACUUGAACAGAGUAAAUUUAGGCGUUUUUAAGGGUAGAAAAUUUAAAAAUUCAACUAUGGUUGGAAUAGGUAUAGCACCGGAAGGUAUAGAUCAAAAUUACAUCAUGUACGAUUUUACAUUGGAUUUAGCGUUAAGAACAAAGCCUGUAGAUCUUGAUGAUUGGAUUACAAAAUAUGCACUUCGACGAUACGGCUUAAUUGAGAAAAAUAUUUUAGACGCAUGGUUGAUUUUGAAAAACACUCUUUACAAUUAUAAUCCAGAUUCGAAUUUCCGAUUAACUUCGUCCAAUGUUAAAAUGUACACUUUGGUGAAGGGAGAACACAUUGCUAAAAAUAUACUGACUAAAUUUCCAUCCCUUCGCAUGAAUGAAUUUACAUGGUACAAUAGAAGUAUAAUAUUGGAUAUAUUUGAAAAAUUUCAAAUAGCAUCUUCAAACAGCAUACUGUCCACAUCAUCAUUGUUUCAACAUGAUCUAAUUGAUGUAACAAGACAAACCAUACAAAUAGCUAUCGAGAAUUCAAACAUGUUUCUAGAACUCCUCAACGAAUUAGACAUGAUAUUAAAUACGGGGAAAAAAUUUCUCUUGGGUAAUUGGCUGGAAAGUGCAAAAAAUAUGGCUACGAAUAAAUUAGAAAAGGAUAAUUAUGAAUUUAAUGCAAGGAAUCAAAUCACUUUGUGGGGUUCUAAUGGAGAAAUAAGAGACUAUGCCGCCAAACAAUGGGCAGGAAUGAUACAUGAUUUUUAUAAACCAAGAUGGAAGUUAUUUUUUCAAGCUCUAAAUGAAUCGAUCCUGUUAAAGAAAAAAUUUUUCUUUAUGUUGAAAAACCGUUUGGUAACGAUCGGAAAAUCUAUUCUACAAAUCCUCAAGGAAACGCUAUUGACGUUAUAA